UAUCUUUCAAAGGUUUUUGUAACUAUGAGAUAUCUUAGACAUUCUUUCUUCUAAAACCAUGAACAAAAACUUUCUUCAAAAUGGGACUUCUGGAUAUACAGCUAUUACUGAGGCAUUUUUGUAUUUAGUGAAUGAUGAGUAACAUCAACUACCAUCAUGGAGGACAGAAGUUUAGAUACAAAAGACCAAGAUGGCACAAUUGAAUUCAUUGCUGUUAAGGAAGAGAAUAUUGAGGACAUGAGUGAGGAGGAUUUCCAGGAAAUAAAAUACUAUAACAAAAAUACAGAUGAAGAGACCAUUGUGUAUUUAAAGGCUGAAAAUGAAGCAAAUAUUAAUUAUGAGUGCACUGCGUCUGAAGAAAUCAAAAGUCUGGGUGAAGGAGUUAAAAAGGACUCAGACUUUUAUCUGUGCAAGGAUGAAGAUCCUUUGUUAUUAUCCACACAAGAUGUGGCUAACGAAUGCAGGGAAAUGUUCCCAUUAGAUGGUGAUCACGUAAUAGAAAAGGAAGGCAAAGAGGUAACAGACGAAAUUGAAGAACAGGAAGCAAAAGUUAAACAUUUUAUUUGUGAAGUAUGUGGUAGGAAAUUCCUUUGUAAAAGUAGAUUGGUAGCUCACAUAAGAGUACAUACAAAAGAGAAGCCUUUUAGCUGUGAGUUGUGCAGUAAGUCAUUCUUGAGAAAAGAUUAUGUAGUAGAACACAUGAAAGUACAUUCAAGUGAGAAACCUUACAUAUGUGAUGUAUGUAACAAAGACUUCUCUAGGAAGGGCCAUCUAGUGAAGCACAUCAAAGGAGUUCAUAUGAAGGAGAAACCUUACAGCUGUGAAGUUUGCAGCAAGGAUUUCUCUGUGAAAAGUGACCUGUCUGUGCACAUGAGAGUACACACAAAUGAGAAGCCAUAUACUUGUGAACUUUGUAGUAAGGUUUUCACUGUGAGAAGUAACUUGAUGAGACACAGGAGGUCACAUACUAAAGAGAAGCCUUAUAGGUGUGAGGUCUGCAGUAAGUCUUUCUUUAGGAAAGAUUAUUUAGUGGAACACGUAAGAGUACAUACAAAUGAGAGGCCCUUUAGCUGUGAGUCAUGUAACAAAUCAUUCUCAGAGAAAGGAAAUCUAGUGAGACAUAUGCGAGUACAUAAAUAGGAUAGAACUCAUAGUUGUGCAGUUAUAGUAUCUGGUCACAGUAAGACAUUUUUGGUGCACAUAGCUGAGGGUACCUUGCAGAGAUUGGAUGGGACUUAGUUGUUG